UUUUUAAAAACGCCUAAAAAAUUCCAAUCUCUAGGUCGCCAUUGCGACAAUCGCCCCAACGCGUCGUCCCACUGCAGCCAUCUUAAUGUUUCGACGCGUCUCUCCCAUCAAAAGCAUGUUGAAAGUCCAGUGGACGGCCAAACAGCCCUCAAUACUCCAAACAUCCGCGAAAAUCUCUCAGUAAAACCACUCUAGUGCUCAAUUCGCCCCGAAAGUUCUCCCCCCAACUACUCUCGUCGUCUCACUAUCGCCAUUCUUAGUGUUAUUCUCUUUAUUCAAUGGGCAAGUCAUGAAAUGUGUAGAAAGUCGUUCGCAACAUCCUGAAACCACGAAAACGUACAAGAGGCCAUUUGGAACACGCGCCAUCUGUAUAGUGAGCCACCUAAUUCCUCUAUUUCACAUCUAUGGUGUUGAUAGGUGAUCAAAGAUACUUUUUUUCAAAAUAACAGGCAUGUUUUGGGUCACACGUGAAAAUAAAAAAACACGACUGAGGCCCUGAUUCGGGGGAUUUUUGAAAAAUACUCCAUUACUCGGGAAGUGAUUUUUUUUCCAAUUGUGAUAAUAAACGAGUGAUUUGAAUUAACCCCAUUCGCCGAGGAACAUGAGUGACCAAACUGAGACUAUGAUAUUUAUUGGUGACAAGAAUAAUGAAAAUUCGAGGGAGGAGACUGAGAAAUGUGUGAUUUAUUCCAUCGAUGAUAAUGUAGAAAUUGGUGGGGCUAAGGGGAGCUUGAGGAGGAGUAAGGAGAUAUAUGGGAAUGUUUCAGCAGAUACCAAGCCACCAGUGAAAUACACCUACAAACGUUCAACCCCCUCAUCAACGUCGAUUCCACCAACUAAAGGUGACCACAGCUACAGUGACACACACGUCUCACCGGGUAAGGCUCCCCCGCAAAUAAAGACCCUGAACGACCUGAGGAAAAUAACUCCCAAGGUGAGGCUCUUCGCCCCCGAGGUAAAAUCCCUGAAUGAACUAUCAAAGCUGGCACCGACCCCGAAGGACAGACAUCAAUUGAAAAAUUACUGUCGCACCUGUGCCGGUUUGAAAAUUCCUUUAGUGGAUAUAUUCGGUGAGAAAGGCCUCCAGAUGCGCCUCAACCAGCAGAUGAAGCACCUGGAGGAGAUCGACCAGCAUGAUGGUCUCUCCACCCAAAUGUGCAUGGACUGCAUCUGCGAUCUAAAGAUGAGCUACAAGUUCUUCAUGCAGAUAAAGAAGGCGCAGGUCAAGUUAAGGUCUCUGGCGGGCACUUCCUGGAAUGAAGAUAAGUCCAGAGUUGCAACAAUUCCUGACAGUCCCAAGAAGAAGACUCCAAUUGAACCGGUAAAGCUAGUCGAGACAAUCAAAGUAGUCAGCGCACCUGUUCAGGUGCGGAAAGAUACACCUGUUCUGGCACUUAAAGAGUCGACUGUUCAGGUAAAAAAAAACUCUCCUAUUCAGGCCCUGAAGGAUUCAGCUAAUCAGACGCGAAAAGAUUCGUCUGAUCAGAAGCAAAAAAAUUCGCCCGAGCAAGUGCGGAACGAGUCGCCUGCUCAGAUCCAUAAAGAGGCACCUGGCCGGAUAUCUGAGGAUAUAACUGUUCAGUUACAUAAAGAGGCAAUUGUUCAAGAACCUAAAGAACAAGGUGUUGAGGUGUCCAUCGAUUUGCCUCGCGCGGAAUCAAUUGAUCUGCCUGUGGACACAUCGAUUGAGCUGUCUAUAGAGGUGCCUGAUGAUCCCCCAAGUUCACCGGACCCUCCUGCUCUUCCAUCCCCUGCUCCCACCUCUGAUAACGAAUCCAUCGAGGAAUUUGAUCCUGAGGACUCCGUCAUGGACAACGACUCACUAGAACCGCCCGGUGAAUCCCCCGAAGAACCUAAAGCGCCCGAGAACCCUUCAGAUUCGUCGUCAGGCCCUGCGAAACCCGAAAAGAAGUCUGAGGCAGUCUACCAGUUCGACACAGCUCUGAAUACGUAUAUAAAGGUCAAUCCCCACUCCCACCCAGCAACUGAUAUGGAGGAGCUAAAGGAUCAGCCGAAGCAAGGGGAGAAAACUAAUGAGGAAGGUGGAAAGAACUCCCCGAGGAAGGUACUAAAGAGAAAAGCCAGUUUAGGCAAGGAUUCAUUGGACUCACAGAGCAUGUCGGAGACUGAGACACCCAAAAAAUCUCUGAAGGAGCCGAAGCUUCAGAAGUUGAUGGGAAACCCCCUGAACGUGUCACCUGCAGGUGAAGAGGGUGUGAUGUACGUGACUGUGAAAGGGCCGAAGCCGAAUGAACUUCUUCUUGUUAAGGUCAAGAAGAUGGACAAAAACGGAGACAAAAAGGACGAGCACAGGCCAAUAAUCCUGAAGAAGCCCUUCGAUGGAAAGCCUCUGAAGACAGUUGAGAAACUCCUGAGAGCAAUGCCCUUUAAAGCCACAGAGUCAUCCGACCAAUCUGAGAGUUCUAAAAUCAUCGAACAGCAGAUUGAACAGUACAAGAAGAAGCGAGAGCAGAUCCUGGGGGGCAGAGCAAGUUUGCCAAAUGCCCUUAAGGUCGAGGAUGGUACUGUGAGAUUUGUGAAUCCAGUGCAGAGUCUUUCUGAGACAGAGGAGGGGAAGCAUGAGAUCGGCAAUGGCGAGGCCAAGGAGAAGAUCAAGUUCAGGACGUACAGUUCCACUGAGACAGAUGAGAAUCGUCCUGUAUCGACUAAGGAGUAUCUGGCGAAGUUUGCGAGACUGAAGCGAAGAUGGGAGGAGGCAAAGGCGAAAAAGGCCGCCCUCCAGGAGCAACUGAACGCCUCCUAUACGGAAGGAAAUCUGGAGAAGUUGACGAGAAUCCUCGGGGAAAGGGAGAAGAAUCUGCAGGACUUUCAGGAGUACCUUAGACAGAGGAAGAUCGUCAUAACAAAACUCAAGGACGAGGACAUAAUAUCGCUCUACGAGGGGAGAAGUAUGACAGAUGCCAACAAGAAGUUCUUCGAUUUUACCAACGAGGACACGUCUGCUGAAGGACUGAUGGAGGUUGAUCUCUUCGACUGCGAUUACUGUACGCAGACGUUUCUCUCUUCCGACACCCUCGAGGAUCAUUUGAAGACACACGACUACAAGAUCCACUACUUCUGUGAGGACUGCGGUGAGGAGUCCUACACGAAUAAGAGCAAAAGGUCGCACAAUGUCACUUGCAUAAAGAAACUCAUCUGCAAGUAUUGCGAUUUGAUGCUGGAGUCCAGAGGGAAGAAGAGGCAGCACGAGCAAAAACACUGCGACGCUAUUUAUGGACAGCUGUGCGACAUCUGCGGGGAGAAGUUUAAGCACCAGGGUACCCUUGACCAGCACAUCAAGACCCAGCACAUGAGCUGGGAGAAGAUCUUCGAGUGUCCAAAGUGCGACAAGAAGUUCGCUUUCAAGCAGAAAUUGAGCUUUCAUCUGAAAUCGGUGCACACGACGAUGAGGGCGUACCUGUGUGAGGAUUGCGGGGCUGAUUUCAAGAAUCCAGCGUCAUUGAGACAUCACAGAAUAAGGAAGCAUCAGCCAACAGGCAAUAAGAGGGACUGCCCUGUCUGCCACAAGAUGGUGCCUUUUUACAGUCUCUCGAAGCACAUGUAUACACACAAGGCUUACACAAUGCAAUGUCCUCACUGCGACAAAAUGUUUAAGAACACGUCGACAUUGAAGCAGCACGUGAGAAUUCACGAGGACCAGAGGCAGUACCGUUGUGACACCUGCGGGGUGGGCUUCAAUAGGAGAGACGGCUUGCGGCUCCACCUGAGGGUCCACCAGAAGACAGACAGCAGGGCGUUGAAGGAGUGCUCUUGCCAGAUAUGCUCGGAGAAAUUUCCAAAUCACUCGAUGCUGGUCAUACACAGAAACCGGGUUCACAAGGAUGGAAAACAGUACACCUGCCAGAUUUGUAACAGAUCUAUGCUGUCAACGCGAUCGCUGGAGUGGCAUAUGUCGCACAUACACAAUCAGACGACUCCUGGUGCUUCCAAGGAUGAUGGGGACAAGGUGGGGGACAAAAAACGAGUCACUUGCAAUCACUGCUUGAAGACAUUCAAGACAGAGAUGAUUCUCAGGACACAUAUCAAGAAUACGCAUAUGGAGAAAAAUCCCGUGAAGUGUCUCGAUUGCGUGGAGACAUUCACGUCUGAGGUGAGGCUCAGGCAUCACAUGAUGGUGACGCACAACCGGCUGGAGGGUACACUAACCUGUCCCCAUUGCCCGAAGCGUUUUGUCAAUCAACUAAGGCUGAAGACACAUAUGAUAUCGCACUCUGAGGACAGGCCCUUCACCUGUGAGAUUUGUGGCUUCAAUCUGAAGACGAAGAUUCAAUUGAUCAAGCAUCAUCAGAACAGACACAGCGAUGAACGACCUCUGCAGUGCAGGUACUGCCCCUGGCGAUGCAAACAGGUGUCCGCGCUUGUCUGUCACGAGAGGACUCACACCAAUGAGCGACCUUACUCCUGCAUCGUUUGUAAGCAACGGUUCAAGUACCUCGGGGAUAAGAACAAGCAUGAGAGAAGGCACGAGAGCUUGGGAGGAUCUGGAUUCAAGAGGAUUGUCAGUGGGAGGAACGUGAAGAAGGGCGAUGGCGAGCCUGAUGGCGAGGAGGACACCUCCGAGGAGCAAGAGAUCGAAUUGGAGAUGGAUCAGGAGCAGUUCGAGAUCGAGGGGGAACUUGGGGAGGAGGAGGAGUUUGAAGAGGGAGAGGAGUUCGAUACUGAGGACCAGAUUGUCAAGUUCGAGGCGCAGGAGAUCGAGGGACAGUAUGGCCAGGAGUACCAGCAGGAGUACGAGGAGACCUCCAGGGAGGAUUCUGAGGCUGCUGAGGUCAUCAUGAGCAUGGAGGAUGCCACUGUUUAUACGGAGGAGGUGACUGCCGAGAAUAUUGAGGGCGCUGAGAUGAUCACUGAUGAGAUCAUGACCAGUCAGAUACUACAGGCUGGUACUGUUGUGCAUAUACAGCAGCAGGAUGACGAUGGAAAAAUUCAGGUCAUUCCUGUUAUGUUAUCGCUGCCAGAUCUCUCCGAGGCCGGAGCUGAGGUCAAUCUUGCCACUGCGUCUAUCAUGUAUAAUAAUGGAUAGCUGGGGAAGCUGUAGCGAUAGGGGAAGUGUCGUGCUUGUGAGGGAGUGUUGGGAAGUCGUUGAUCAUUCAGUUAAGGUCGUGUGGUGAUUGAUGAUGUUUUAAGACCACAUCUGAACUUUUUGGAGCUCACAAUAAAAAUUAUCUGAUUUUCCGAAUAUUUUGAUGAUGGUGGGAAUUUUUUUCUAGAAAAUCUUUUACGGCUGGUUUUUGGAAACAAAUGUUAGUAUCGAAAAAAGGAGAUUUGGAGGUGAAUUAACAAAUAAUAAAAUUACCACCGGGGUGGCAAUUGAGUUUCCAGAUUUUUCGUAAUUGACGUGAGUCUGUUGGUCAGGAUUAUUUAGGAUUUAUAAAUUUGGGUUUUAGUUGUCUCACAAAAAAAACUUCAAAUUUAUGUUUUACGUCAAUAGUCAGUUCCAUUGCUUCUUAAAUAAAAAAAAUGAAUGUAAUUGUUUUCCGACAAAAUGGAUCCAUGGAAAUAUGAUUUAUUGUAUGGCUUUCGGGUUAUUACUAAUGCUUUUAUUGGAAAAAUGAAAUUCAACCAAAAUUCGAAAACAGCAACUAAAUAUCAGAAGCUGAUAUUGAUUUAAUCUUUGGGGUCAAAUACAUCCGGAUUGCACAUUGCUUUGUUUGGAAUGACAAAUAUUGAUUCAUGUUUAGUUGAUCAGUUGAUUGAUCUUAUUGAUCUUAUGUUUUCACAUUUUAUUUUAUUGAAUUCAUCACGAGAAAAUAUAGUCGUACCCUUUAUGACCUACAAUAUUCAAGUUAUUUGAUUUGUAAAAGGUGAGAGAUGAGGUAGAGAAUACAACUGAUUGCAAUCAAAGUACAACAAGCUUGUAUUUCAGUCAUUCUUUAGGUUCAAAUACAUAAGCACUUAUGAUAAAUAAAUAAUGAGCGAUGGGAAGAUUGUUGAAAGGGAUGUAUAUUAAAAAAAAGUAUAAUGGGGUAUUCUAUUUUUGUCAAGUAUCGUUUAAUUAUUAAUGUGUACUUUAACAUUUUACUAUGGUAAUAAAAUAUUUUAAAUAUU